CUCUCCCCGGAACCUGCAUUCACAAUAUCCGCUCUCCCCGGACCCCGCAUUCACUAUGUCCGCUCUCCCCGAACCCCGCAUUCCCUAUAUCCGCUCUCCCCGGACCCCACAUUCACUAUAUCCGCUCUCCCCAGACCCCGCAUUCACUAUAUCCGCUCUCCCCGGACCCCACAUUCACUAUAUCCGCUCUCCCCGGACCCUGCAUUCCCUAUAUCCGGUCCCCCUGGACCCCGCAUUCACUAUAUCCGCUCUCCCCGAACCCCGCAUUCCCUAUAUCCGCUCUCCCCGGACCCCACAUUCACUAUAUCCGCUCUCCCCAGACCCCGCAUUCACUAUAUCCGCUCUCCCCGGACCCCACAUUCACUAUAUCCGCUCUCCCCGCACCCUGCAUUCCCUAUAUCCGGUCCCCCUGGACCCCGCAUUCACUAUAUCCGGUCUCCCCGGACCCCGCAUUCACUAUAUCCGCUCUCCCUGGACCCCACAUUCACUAUAUCCGCUCUCCCCG